GGGGGGUCAUGUGACAGAAGAAGGUUGUUCUAAAUAUAGUUAAACCCAGCUAUCACUACCCCAGACGCCUUUGGGGGCUAGGAAGAGAAGAAAGUGAGAAAGACAUAAGGGAUAGGGAAGGAGAGGGCUGCAGACAAGAGGCCAUGCCUUGGGCCAAACAGCUUGCAGGGCUUGGCGUUCCUCCUGCAGCGCCCGUGUCCCAGCUCAGAAGAAGUCGGGUAUAGCGCAAUGGAGCAUUCGGAGAACAAGGCGGGUGGCGCCAAGAAGGGCCCGGCGUUGUGGGGCGGUGCCCCCCAGUAUGACUAUAUGCACUAUGAAAAUUGCACCAGUUAUGGGAUCCCAUCCGAGGCAGGGCACGAGACCGGGGGAACUGGGGACGGCGUGCAGUACCAGGAGAAGAAGGCCCUCAACCACAUGCAGCUCUAUGGCCAGUACACAGACAACCUCUGCAGUCUUUCCCAGAAGGAAGAAGAUGAACUCCUGGGGGAGAAGAGGCCCCAACGCAAUGGCCAGGGGCCCCUGAAGCGAGUCAGCCAGGCUGAAGUGAAAGCAGAACGCUACUCCAAGUGCCAUGCCUGUGCUAAAAGAAUCCAGAACUAUGUUACCAAGAAGAUGGGAGAAGACUGGAUCUUCUUGAUCCUCCUGGGUCUUGUCAUGGCACUGGUGAGCUGGGGGGUGGAUUACUCCAGUGCCAAGAGCCUGCAAGCUUACAAGUGGAUGUACAACUCGCUGCACCCGAGUAUCCCUAUGCAGUACUUGGCCUGGGUGACCUACCCCCUCGUCCUGAUCCUCUUUGCUGCCCUCUUCUGCCAACUUGUCUCUCCGCAGGCUGUGGGCUCCGGGAUCCCUGAGCUGAAAACCAUUAUGCGGGGAGUCGUCCUCAAGGAAUACCUCACACCUAAAGCUUUUGUGGCCAAAGUUGUAAGCCUGACAGCUGGCCUAGGAAGUGGGAUACCUGUCGGGAAAGAGGGCCCCUUUGUGCAUAUUGCCAGCAUCUGUGCUGCCAUCCUGAGCAAGUUCAUGUCCAUCUUUUGCGGUGUGUAUGAGAAUGUGCACAGGCAGCUCGACCUCCUGGUGGCGGCUUGCGCAGUUGGAGUUGGAUGUUGCUUCGGGGCUCCUCUUGGAGGUGUGCUCUUCAGCAUCGAAGUAACUUCCACCUACUUUGCAGUUCGUAACUACUGGCGCGGAUUUUUUGCGGCUACAUUCAGUGCCUUUGUUUUUCGAGUCUUUGCUGUCUGGAACAAAGAUGCAGUCACCAUCACAGCCCUCUUCAGAACAAACUUCCGCAUGGAUUUCCCCUUUGACCUGCAGGAGCUGCCAGCUUUUGCCGUAAUUGGGAUCUGCUCUGGGUUCCGAGCGUUUUUUGUUUACUUCAAUCGGCAGGUGUUUGUGUGUGCGCGACAUACGGCUCUAAGUCAAUUCCUAACCAAAUACCGCCUUAUAUAUCCAGGGGUUAUAACCUUUGUGAUAGCGUCCUUGAUUCCCCCCGGCUUCGGGCAGUUUAUGGCUGGAGAGUUGAUGCCCAGAGAAGCCAUUAGCAGCCUCUUUGAUAACUUCACCUGGGUAAAGCAUACAGGGGACCCCCAGAUCCUGGGAAGGUCUGCAGUCUGGAUCCAUCCCAAAGUCAGUGUGUUUGUCAUCAUUCUUCUCUUCUUCGUCAUGAAGUUCUGGAUGUCUGUCAUUGCCACUACCAUGCCGAUACCUUGCGGAGGCUUCAUGCCUGUGUUUGUGCUGGGUGCAGCCUUUGGACGCCUGGUUGGUGAAAUCAUGGCCUGGUUUUUUCCUGAUGGGAUUCUCUUCGAUGACAUUGUUUACAAAAUCUUACCUGGAGGUUAUGCCGUGAUUGGAGCUGCCGCUUUGACUGGUGCAGUGAGCCACACGGUGUCCACAGCAGUGAUUUGCUUUGAGCUGACGGGUCAGAUCUCCCACAUCCUGCCCAUGAUGGUGGCUGUCAUCCUUGCCAACAUGGUGGCCCAGAGUUUGCAGCCAAGUCUCUACGACAGCAUCAUCCAAGUUAAGAAAUUGCCCUAUUUGCCGGACUUGGGAUGGAAUCAAAUAAGCAAAUACAACAUCUUUGUGGAGGAUAUUAUGGUGUGCGACGUGAAAUUCAUCUCCUCCAACUGCAAAUACCGGGACCUGCAGGCUGCACUUGAGCACACAACUGUCAAGACCUUUCCUCUUGUGGAUUCACCAGAGUCCAUGAUCCUGCUGGGCUCCGUGGAGAGGCCAGAGCUCCAGGCCCUUCUGCUCAGGCACCUCAGCACUGAGCGCCGUCUGCGCUUGGCCAGGGAAACACAACAACAGAAAAUGGCUGAGACACCAUAUGAUGGGCACAGGUGGAAGCACGAAUCAUUUGCGUUUGUGGAUGAGGAUGAGGAUGAAGAGGAGAAGCCUGAGGUAGUGAAGGAAAAGCUUCCACAACAGCCUGCUUUCAUCAGCAGUUUCUCAGAACCACCCAAUGGCCCAGUGGCUCCUCACAAGCCGUUGCCAGAGUCAUCAACCCCUCAGGAAACUCCAGGACGGAGAUUCUGGCGCUUGCGGAGACUGAUGAGGUACCUCGUGUGCCUUUACCACUCUUCACAUCAGCAAGAGAUGGCUGAGCAGGAGUCCCCAGAGUUUGAAGACCCAAUGAAGCCAGAAGAGAUAGAAGCUUGGGAGCAGGAGGAGCUAGAGAAAAAUGUGUGCUUCAACAGCUGCCGCAUAGACCCCUCGCCCUUUCAGCUGGUGGAGAGGACAUCCCUGCACAAGACACACACCUUGUUUUCAUUGCUGGGACUCAGCCAUGCCUAUGUAACUAGUAUGGGGAAGCUGAGAGGCGUGAUUGCCCUGGAAGAGCUCCAGAAAGCGAUUGAGGGCACCACAAGCUCUGGUGUUCGCCUUCGUCCUCCCCUGGCCAGUUUCCGUGACACUACCCAGACGGCGGGUGGCAAGGAGCAGGCCAAGUGGACUGCACAGAUGUGGAGCAAGCAGGACAGUGAUGCAGCGGCGGCAGCAGCAGCAGCUCCCAGCAGAACCGCAGCAGACUCAGGGACAGAGAGCCCGGUGGCCCCUAGCUCUCCCUUCCCGCCACCCUCUCCCGCCCCCAGUGGAGGGAAGGCGGUGGUGCGCUCUGCCUCAGCUGCUGACAUGGAACUGGAGGAAAUGGAGCUUUCUGGCCCAGCUGCUGAGAACAUCUCAGGCAUCCUGAAGGACCUCAACCUGCGCCCCACAGACGUGUCUGAGGAUGACGACGACGUGCCACUAUAAUUGUACAGAGGAGGCGCCCGUCUUGCCCCUUCACCCAAGCUACUUCUGCCAUACUUGCACUUCAAGGAAAGGCCUGUGGGCAGCUUCUCUGGCACUAAUGGAUGGUAAUUCGCACUGGAGAGCCUUGGCUACGUGGGCUGACUCUUCCUUCUGUCACUAUCAAUAGGGUGGGGUGUACUUUGAUUAUCAUGCUGUGCUAGGCAUUCCAUAGGGCUCCAUCCCCUGUGGAGAGAUGGUCAUGGCAGGUUGUGCAGAAACUCCUCUUUAGACUAAAUGACAUGGCCACCAACAUUUUCCUUGCCUUGCUUGAUGAAAUACUUAGAUUAGAGAGGAAGUAGACAAAGGAUUUAACCCAGACUGGCUGUGGAAAGAACACAACCCAGGUUGUCAACAGGCCCAUAAUAGGAGAAUUUAUGUGAUGGUGCCCUUCCCUUCGUGCUCCCAGGGCAAAACUGUCUCAUUUUUACCACUUUGAACAUCUCAGAAGCCCCUCUCCUGAGAAUUGCAGCUUUAAGUCACAUGUGUUUUUCUGCUGCUUUUCCAGACCCGUCUUUGUCCAAUGUUCCCAUCCAGAAAUCACAUCAUUUUUCCAAUAUACCCCACUCAAGUGUGUGGCUCAGGUCAGGAUGUGUUAUGGAGUUUAAAAGCCAAGCUCAAUCUGUAUAGAGAAGAGUAUCUCUGCCACACCCACUGGAGAAAAAGAAGGCAGCAGUAGGAAGGCAGUUGCUCAGCCUGAUCACUUGUUUUGUAUAUUUCUUGGAGAUGUGAAAAUUAAAUGAAGGAAAGACUCAGUGCCCUGACUCACUGUAGGAAAUGUAACACAACCAGGGCUCUGUUUGCAGAAGUCUUUUAAAAUCCUGUUUUGGAUUGCUGAGAGGGAAGAAGGGGAAUUAACCGGGCUCCCCGCAAGCCAAUAAAUUAGUGCCCCCACCUCAACCCCAGAAAAUCUAUUAAUAAAAACAAAUUCAACCACCACCACCACAUCUGUUAGAUUAGAGAAAUGAGCAUAUGCACAGCGCAUUGCUCCCAUAUAGCUUCCCACCCAGCUAGGGAGACCUAUGCAGAAGCCUUCUCUGGCAAACAUAAUGGCUGCAGCUUUAUCUGAAGGCUGUAAGCGAAAUGAUACAGCCAGAAAGGGUAGUAUUCUGAAGUUUUCUGAUCAUUAGCGAGGCAAAAGUUUGAGCAAGGUAGCACAUAGUCUUAAAUGGUUUUUGUUUGUUUUUUACGUUUUUAUCAUGACAUGAUGGACACUUAUGCAAAGCAGUUGUCUUAAUCACUAGAAUUCCUGUGAAGAAACGGAUGUGACAAGAGGCGGCAGGUGGAGGAAGAAACAGUUGCUGCUUCUGUGAGCACAUCUCUAUUACAGUUGCCUAUAGGCUUUCUACCAGUUUAACAGCCAUGGCUUCUCCCCAAAACUUGAAGUUUGGCAAAGGUGCUGAACAUUCUAUUAUGAACAAUCUGCAAUGACAUUUCCUGAGAGAGAAUGACGGCUGACCGUUUUGUGGGUAGUAUCUAAAAGAGAGAGAAAUGACUGUCUCUUGAGCUAGCCAUUACAAACACAGUUUGAUCCCCCCCAAAGUCUUAGCUGUGUCCUCCAAUCCUGCACUCCAGUUCCCUCGCUCCUCAGUUAGGGUGGGUGAAUCAGUCAAUCUUGGUUUCUCUUAGUUCCUCAUUUUUCCUGCGCUCAUUUCAGUUCACCACAUCAGUUUGCUUUUUAAAAAAUAAAAUAAAAAAGCCCUCGUUAAAAUUCAUCAACACUUUAGGGCCAGUUUCUAAUACACACUUUUUUGUAUGCAAUUUUCCCCUAUGUAAUGUGUUUUCUACGUAAGGGUUAGCAUUUUUGUGCACUCUUCUACACCAGUAUAUGCUCUCUGUGCAACCCAAAAUCCAGCACCUUCCGUUGGACUUCGCAGCUGCGGCACCCCAAAAGCUCUGCACCUGAACUGGUUCUGCUCCCCUAGAUCUGCCUUUGCUCAACCCCCAAUGCCUCCACACAGCUUUGCCAACCUGCUCAGCCACUGUCUGUGAAGUGGUCUCAGUUAUUCAUGAUCCUACUCCUGAGCAAACCUUGGCUUAUCAGAGAGGAGGAUCUGCAUUGGCAUUUCUUGCACAUGCAGGGGAAUGCCACCUGGAGGAGUAAAGUGCCUGGCCUGCCUAUGUGAAAUUAAUAACAUGCAAUGUUUACCAUUUUUAGAAUUCUCCAGCCCUCUUGGACAGUUCCAUGGGGAAAUAAAAACAAAGUUAUUAAAAGCAGAAAUCACCAGCCUGAAAGCUCUCAUACACAUGGAGAAAACACUGGAAAAGACAUUUAUGAAUACACUCAUGUGAUGGUAUUUUCUUAGGCUCAGAAAUGGCACAUCUGGGUGUGUGCGCGCAUGUUUUCAACAGCUGCAUGCUACUUGGAAAUUCAGUAACCGCUAGGAAACAAAUCACCUACUGAGUUUGUCUGCCGUGCAGUUGUUAGGAGCCCUUCUGGGGAAAAGAUGGUGGCAAUCCUGUCUGUGCUGGGUUUGGUAGCUAAGCUUGACAUCAGUUGUCUACUUACCCCAACUCCAUCAGAAUAAAUUUGGACAGCGUUUUGAUACAGCUCAUUGUCCUUUGCCAGCAAUUCACCUGUUCUAUUAUAUGAGCAGCAUCUCAGGUCCCAGGGAGCUUGUGGCAAAACUGGAUGUAUUGAAUCAGUAUGCUCAGUCACAGACAAAAUCCCCAUGUGGUCAGGCCCAAGGGUGUACGCGCAGGAUUAAUGACAGGUCAGCAGCUGCAUCUUAACAUUUAAGCAACCUGUUGGUGACACAUUCACUGCUGUUAAAGAGGAGUGUGGAUGGAAUGCGGAUUCUGACAUAUGCAUACAUCACAAAGGGGAUAGUGAUUUAAAAAAAUUAACCUGGUUAUUUAAACGUGGUUCUGGGCAGAUUUCAAGUUUAGACAGUUCUGAGCUCUAGGCAGAUUCCAAAAUCUGUGGGGAAAGGGAAGCAAAAAUAGAGAGGUCUGCUGCCAAACGUGCUUAUUUUGUUUGCCAUCUGCAUGCACUUCAGCACUCUGCAGUUUUCAACUGUGGAUAUGGAAGGCAAGAACUGCAUAGUGCCUGCCAAGCAGUAAACAUGGCACAGUGAGUCAACAGCAAAAACUAUUUUUAUUCCUCUUGUACUUGCCUAUCAUGUCUGCUGCACCUGUAGCCCUACCUUCAGCAUCCUGCAAAUCUGCCUUUAGAUUCCUAGUUCUUGAAGCAGUAAGCCUGCUUCUGGGCAAGUACCCUUUCAGACUGCAUGUGGAAGUUCACGUGUUUGAAUUCUCCUCCAUCCCAAAGUUCUUCUCGCAUAGAAAACUCAGUGUCAGGCGGGUGUUACAGUCCAGAUGCAGGGCUACUGCCACUGUAAAAAUUAGGCCAGCAUCUCAAACGCUGAGUCCUAUGGGAAUUCUGAAAGCUUUUGCAAGCUCCUAGUGGAAAGCUAAGACAAACUCAUAGGCGUCUGCAUAUGUGCACACCUUGGGGAAUAGUAACAAUUUUGGCUUAGGCCCAACUAUACUAAUGUGAACCACCUUUGAGCAUUUACAGCAGCACACAAAUCCAUACAAUAAAUAAAUAUUGUCAAAAUAUGCAUCCAAGUUACAAUGACACAUAGAAAAUAUAUUUAUUAAUACAUACAAAUGUUAAGGUACAUAUUCUGUGAACACAGUGACAGCACUUGGACGUUUUACUUAAAAAACAAAAACAAAAAAAACCCCAAACAGAAUAUGGUCUGGUUCUCAUGGUCAGCAUCAGCCCAUGUCUGUCCCACUGCUUUCAGCAGCAGGAGUGGGUGGGGACUCACAGAACUGAAUGCACCUCCAUAUAGGAUUUCGUAGGAAAAGCUAUCGAGCACCCCUUUCUGCAGUGUGAAAUAGUACAGCCCAGAUGCAGGUCAAUUAGGCAUAAAGUAGGAUUGAAAAAGAAACCAAAACACGACAGCAAGAAUGUUAUGUUACUUUUUGCUCGUAUUUUGUGUGCGUCAACAAGCAUCUUCUCUACGUUUUGAAGGGUCUGGGAUGUACCCACAGCUUUUUAGGCUGGGUUAUUGGUUUCUAGGCAAACAAUCUCAACAGGUGGUGUAUAUUAUUAUUAUUAUUAGCCAGGGGAUACAUAAAAUGUCCAGUACCUGUCAAGGUGCACUUCUCGGAGUUGGUGGGAAAAAAUUCUUCUGAUAAUGGUCUUGCUCACAUGUAUGGACAGAAGUGUCUUCAUUGACAGCAUAGGCCUUGGUUAGCAUGCAGGAGAAGUGUGCUUCUUGGAAGUUGCUACACUCUGUUUGUUUGCCUCUUGAUCUUGCCUCUUAGAAUUGUACUCCUCUUCUGGGUCAUGCCGCAUUCUUUCAUGGAUCAAUCCCCCCAUCCCCAAUGUUUCAUAUAUAACGUGACUGUAAUGGAAUGUCAUUCUGAGGCAGGGAAGGGGACAGGGCAAGCAAGUUACAAGGCUUGUUGGGCCAGACCAGGAUCUCCAGUGUUAAAAAAGGCUGUUUUCUGGCAACAGGUCAUAUUACCUUUCAUUAGUAUCAGGCAGUGUCUGAGCAUCAUCUCCAUUGAUAGAAGGGGGAGCCCAAAAAUGAAAACCCUAACGUCUAACAAUGUAUGUAAAAUUAAAGAACAGAAACAUUAAACUUUGUCUUAUUUUAAAAUAUA